AUGCCAGAACUGUCUGCCCAAUUCCCCCGCGAGCUCACUGACAUGGUGCUGACAGAGCUCGUCCUCUUACACAACGACGACCCUGCCCACCAGUGGACUCAUCUCCGCUUGCUCUCUCGGCACCUCAAGGCUUCAGUUGAGCAGCAUUUCCGAGACUUUUGGUUACCCAAGCUCUCUUUUGCCAUAUCCAUCUAUGGCUUCCCUGACGCUGAGUGUAUAGUUUUUGGUCCUCCUCAAGGAAAGAGCGCCAGGUUCGAAAAGAGAGAGAGAGACGCAAGUCGCGAGUAUGCGGUAUUCGAGGCAGAUCAUGACCAAAAGUAUAUGACCACUGCUCUUGGGAGCGAACUGAUCGGCUGGUUGCACAGAGCCACCCGCCCGGUGCUCUGGCCGCCACAGGACAAUGAACACCCUAAAUCCAUCUUUGUUCGACUCGGUGAAGGCACCCUAAACAAGGGCUUCACAAAAGGUGGCAUCGUCAGCAACACCGCCGUUCCAGGUAUCAAGAUCAACACCGAAACAGACCCGUGGCAAUUGUCAUUCGACUGGAAGUCCAUGUUCACCUGGCUUUUGACCGAAGAAACAUUACUGCAGAGCUUUCGCAACAAGUUACUCGACAACUUUCUACCAGAGAUAGAGACGGUAAAGGGAUGGGAAGCGAGACAGGUAGCUAUAUAUGGUUUCCUGCUCCGUCGCUAUCAAGUCCAGCGUAAAUCCAUCCUAGCCGCAUAUUGGGACCACGUCGCCCAACACGCCUCAUCUGACGCGUCUCGAUCCGUAUAUUCUCCCGCUGAAACUUUUGACGUUACGCCAUACGUGAAGCAACCCAAUCUACGCCACCCUCACGCUUCAGCUUUCGACUUUGAUGCUGCUAUCUCCAGCCUUGGCGGCGGCCAAAGCAUCGUCUUCUACAUUCCCGGCUGGCAAACCUGGUCGAUCUACCAACUCGCGCGCAUGCGUAUCCUCGAUGAAUUAUCCCACGACGACGAGUUUCCCAGUGAAAACUUUAGUACCGAGUGUGAACACUACUAUAUCGAUAUCCUCCUGCGCCAGAAUAGAGUGCUGAAGAGGAGAAAGGACGUCAAUGAUCGGGUACUUGACAAGCACUUGAGGGGCCCUCUCUUAAACCUCAUGUGGUUCUGGAUAUCGUGCGAAGCUGAAGUUACAGCUGCGUCUCAGAAUUUUAGUUUCACCGUGUUCUGUAUUGGAAUCUUGUGA